GGAAAUUUAGUUCACCGAUUUCGAACGCGAGUGAAGAGAAACGACGACAUGACGAACGCAAGACCUGUGGGGCCCUAGAUCUCACGCCGAGAUUCAGGUGCCACUAUGCGAUGUACGCCCAAUUGAUGGAUGCGUCAUGAGUGAAGGAUUCGAGAGUGGGGCUGGACAAACUCGAAUUGCCGAGCUCCUGCUUUCCGCUGGUCUGUGCCCGGCUCUUCACGCUAAGAUUGGAUUCCGCCCCCGGUCGAACCACUUGGAAAGGGCUCCAACCAGCUCCCGAGUACCACAGAUGCUGCGAAAGUCUCCCUUGAGUUUUGGGACGCCCAGAGCUGGAUCGUAUAAGGGCAGGUGAAGCUGCUAAUUUCAGAGGCGGUAGACUAGAGCUCCACUCGCGUAUAUACGGGCAUGGGACGAUGCUGAAGAUAAGCACACACGGAUGGAUUCGCACAGACAGGCUUGGUUGCCCUCACUGGUUAAUCGUAAUUACAGGUGACAGGAAUCUUGCUUAGAUGUGGAGUUUCGUCGCUCUUUCGUGGCAAUUCGGCUUCAAUGACGCUGGUGAGUUAGACUGUAGAAGGUAGUGACAGAGCAGAGCGGAACGAUGCAGGACGGGGUGUUGGUCGAAUUCUGAAGCUGUGGACGUUCACAGUUUGGACAGGAGCGAGGGAUUGGGCCGAUUUAGCGAAGCAGGCUUGGUGGUGCCAGUGGUUUGGAUCGUGAGGUGCCACAAUGACAGAGAAAAUUGUCAUUUGCGAGAGGGCGAUGUCGAGGAAGCCGAGGCACACAUUUUUACUUCUCUGUUGCGGCUCGCUUGUGUGGUACUACUGUGGACCUCAGCAGCGGAACGUCGUUUCUCUCUUCGCCGAUAUACUUUUCACGCUUGUUUGCGCGCUGGGCCUACUCGGAUAUAUUUGUCGGCAGCUCAAUCUCGCUAUUCCCGUCGAUCCGCUGGAAUGGCAAGUGACUCCAGAGGUAGCGAAUGACGUUGCAGCAUGUGUAGCGAACACAGUAGGAGCUGCUGAAGGAGUUCUGAGAGUUGCUGCCAGCGGACGUGACAGUAAAUUAUUCACCAAGGUGGUGUUGGUUUUGUAUCUGAUUUCUGCUAUUGGAAGAUCAGCGUCGGGGGCGACAGUAGCUUAUUUCGGUAAGCAUUGUGCUUUGCCAUGAUUGUACCAUAUUGCGUUUCAAAAAUAGCCCCUGAGAUUACUGCUCAUACGCCAACUUUUCUCCAGAAAAGAUUCAAUAGUCUUACUGGAUCUCUCACUCCAGGUAACUCGCCAAUGUCAAACUACAAUAGUCCUCGACAUUUCUGAGAGGCUUUGUUAUACUUAGGACCUUUUAUUUGAGCUAAUUUAAGUCAAAUUCAUAUUUUACAUGGAGAGAGAUUUUGGUAAGUCGAAAAUACCUUCCAACUUAGAGAAGGGUCUUCAUAUUUGUAGAAUGUAGAUGUGUAGGACUCAAAAUGUACAGUGGAAUGCACAUUGAGUAGCCCGUUCCCACUGAAGAGAUAUGCAUAUGAUGCUCUGAAGGUAAACCUUCCCGUUUAUGAGUAUAGAAUCCUCAUAUGGCGACAGAGAAAGUGUGUUCUCAAGAACAAGAAUUCCAUUUUGCUGCAACGAGAUAUUUAUACUUUGUUCAGGAAUGCCGCAUAUCACAUGUAGGUACUAACAAGAAGCUCUCAGAGUUCCGUCUGUAAGCGUCUUAACAGUACAUAAAGUUAAACGUCUGGGUUACCUUGGGGUGACAAUCUUAUGGCGUCAUGGAAGUAAAAUCUGUCAUUGUUAACCAGGAUUUAACGAAGUUACUGUUGUCCUGCCAAGGGUUUAUACAAGUUCAUUGAAUUAGAAAGAGAUUUUAGACACAACGGAUUUGUCGGGACCGCUAGUAUACUCCAUGGGAUGAUCGCCUGCAUCCCGUAGAGUAUAUCAGCUGCUGCUACGCUUUCAAGUCGUUCAAAAUUACCAGCAUAUGUCGCAUG